AUGCGGUCCCUCUCACUCUGCGCAGCUCCACGCGCGCACCUCUUCGCUCCUCAGCGUCCAAGCUCAAGUGCAUGUUCAUGCUGGCGGCUGAGCCGCGCCCACAACAUUCGACAGCUGAGCAGUAGAUCCGCGCGCCUGCGGAGGAACGAGGACGGGAUGACAGGCGCCGCCGCAACCUCUUCAUCGCAGUUCAGUUUCCGCGGCAUGCCCGCGCCGCCGCGGCUGCCGAGGGAGGAACAGGAGAUUUUCGAGGCGCUCCAGCGCCAGUCAACGGGGGCGUUCUCGACGCCGCGGGUAAAUCAAUCGCCUGACUCGUCGUUUUCGAAAACUGAGGGUGUGCAUGUCGCGAUUGACGAGCGUGUCGACAGCAUAUCCCGGUCGUCUUCCGCCCCUGGUUUAACGGACGGAGCAGCAGGAGGAGGAUCACAGCAGCUAGCGGGAUCUCAAGACUGCUACGACCACGUUGUGAUCGAAGCGAGUGGUGAAGGAGAAGAAUUACACCCGAAUCUAGUGAGAGGGGCACAGCCUGAAUUUGAAGGGGAGAGGAACCCGAAGACCGGGGAGAUUGGGGGACCCAAGAACGAGCCACUGAGAUGGGGUCCGAGCGGAGAGUGGACUUAUAAUGGGAGGACUACGGAUUUUUAG